AUGCUCAUAGACGAGGAAUCGAAAUCGAACAACACCAGAACACCUGAGCUAUCUACUGAAAGUCCGAGUUCGCCUACCGGUGAAAAAUCUUAUCUUGAUGCAAACGACGAUGAAUCGAAGCCCAAGGGAAAGCUCCGUGGACGGAAGAGAACUCUAGCUGGACCCCCGUAUCUUUGCCAGUUCCCUGACUGCAACAAAAGCUUCCAGCGCUCUGAGCAUUUAUCCCGACACAAACUAAACCACAACCCGAAAAAGAUCUUCAGCUGCUCCCACAUUGGAUGCGAUAAGACUUUUGUGAGACACGAUCUUCUUUUGAGGCAUCUGAAGAGACAUGAAAACAAAAUACAGAAACAAAAGUUGACGACAAAACCUAUCAACAACAGCACAGCUCCAAAUCUAUUUAAUUGGUUGUUUCCAGAGACCAGUCUAAUCUCUGGAACAGAUCCCCCGACUCACCACAACGCUGAAAGCUACAUGGGCCACUCAACUGAAAACAAUCCUCUUCCAACUGUGAAUUUUUUGAGCAGGACAAAUGUUAACAGCAAUCAUAAUCUGAUGUCCUCUUAUACCAACACCAACACCAACACGAAUCCCAGCAACAACAUCAAAUUUGAGAUUUUGAUCCCGACUUUGAAAGGUCACGUUGAUUUCACAAAGUUGAAGUUUGAGAAAGCCUUGAAAACGUAUUGGAAUUUUUUUCAUCCACGGUUUCCCAUGCUCCAUCGUCCGACUUUCAACUCAACGGAUGCCCCAUUACUAUUGUUAUUGUCGAUGAUUAUUUUGGGCUCCAAGUUGUUUAUGUGCGUUGAUAACAUCACUUGCCCUGAUGAUAAAAAACUAGUUCAACCCAAGUCUCUAGCUGACACAAUCAGUGAACCACUUAGAUGGCUAUUGUUUGCAUCUCCAUUUUUUCAACCCCCAGCCGAAGUCUGGAUCAUUCAAAGUUUACUGAUGUUGGAGUUUUAUGAAAAACACUGUUCUAGUCGUAAGCUCCAUGAAAGAUCUCAUUUGCACCAUGGUACAACCAUUCAACUUCUAAGACGCUCACCUACUCUAGGCGGUGCACCAACAAAGAUAAACACGGACACUGCUAAUGAAGAAACUGAAAAUUGGUGCAAAUGGAUUGAAAUUGAAUCUAUGAAACGAGCAACUUUCAUGUGCUUCUACAUGGAUGCAAUUGACGCAAUUUGCAUGGGCCACCAGAUGUUCAUAUGCUCCCACCAGAUUCAAAUGACCAUGCCUGUAGCAGAUUCGGUAUGGGAAUCCAACUUUACUCAAUUCAUUAGGAAUUUCAAGAAGGAGGAGAGGCCGAGACAAUUUUUGAUUGUCUUGAGGGAUAUAAUGAAUGGGAAACCAACAAAGACCAAUUCGUUUGGUAAAAAGAUACUGUUAGCUGGUUUGAGUGCAAUUCUUUUCCAAAUACAACAGAGAGAUCUUCAGUUGUUUUUUGGGCUCGACAAGUUCACCAACACGAUUUCCAAGAAUUGGCGUGAUUUAUUAACAGCUGCGUUCGCAAUUUGGAGAAAUGAUGUUGGAAGCUCAUGUUGUUCUUCAAGAACUGCAAUUGAUAAUUUGAACUCAUUGGGAAACUCGUCUCAAUUCUCAACAUCUGACACAAGAUGUAAAUGUAUUGCGUAUCAUUUAGCGCACAUUUACAUGUCCAUCUCCCAUUAUGACAUUUUUAUUGUUUGUGGUGCUCCUUGGAGAAUGAAUGUCAAGCCUUCUUCUAUACAUGAGAGGAAUGCCAUCAAACGGAGGGUAAUGGAGUGGUCAAAGACAAGGCAUUGUGAAGUUUCCGUGGUCCAGUGUUAUCUAUCACUGUUUGAGAUGUUUUUGUCUCCACAGGACUCGACCUACGAAUAUCAGUACGACUAUUUACCGGACGCUGAUCUUUUUUUCCGGAGUUACAUGAUCGGAUACAUUCUGUUAGUGAUAUGGGGCUAUUUAUACAGCAGUGAUAAGUUGAAGAAUAUUGAUAUCAAUCAUGAAGAUAACAAUAGUGGAUACUUAUAUUUGAAGAAGAUGCGGACUCAAUUCACAUUGAAAAGUGAAGGGAUAUUGCUCCACACGUGGUUUGCCAACCCAUCUGGGGCUGAGUUUUAUGGCGACUUGAUGAGAUGGGUGAAUGUGCUGAAUGACAUUGAAGGACUCGAAAACAUAGUGGGAUUGUUAGACAUGAUAGGCAAGAAGCUAGCCAGCGCCGAUUAUACGGUUGUGCGAGAAGUUGGAAAAUUGUUGCUAUUCUGUAAGGACAGAACUAUUGGCUGCACGGAUAAGGAGAUCCUUGAGGAUAUGUAUCAUCCGGACUGA